AAAGGCCCAUUAGUAAUGGUGCUUUUCCACUACCAACGCGGCUGAGUUGGGCUGAGCCGUGCGGUGCUGAGUUGGGCUGAGUCGAGCUGAGCGGGGCUGUUGGGGUUGCAUUUCGAUUACAACCGCGCUGAACCGUGCUGGCUGGAUGUGGGUGGACACAUUGGGUGGAGUUAGCGAAAGUGGGUGGACGUCACGUGAUGUCGUUAGGCGGCGCAAACAGUGACAUCAGUGACCUUUUAAGCGGUAGUCUCACGACCCGGAUAGUAAACAAUAAACAUGGAGGACAUGGAGUCGUUAGUGUUGCUGGUCUUGGUGCUGUGGCUUGUUGUCACCGACAACACCAACAGAUACUGGCAAGAGCAUAUAGAUGAGGCGAGGCGCAUAAGGCUUCAGAAAGAGAGGGAACUUCUUCAAUUCCUUCUCAAUGAAGAUGACGAGGACACAGAUGAAACGGACGACACGGACGACACAGACACAGACGAUGGAACAGUUUCUGACACGGAGUUCGAGCUUGCUAGCAAGAGACAACGUGUAAUGGCGGUUAUUGGAACACGCCGCACUCCUUCAGUGUGGUCGUUCAACCGGACAUCUGAGUGGUGGGAUGCAAUUGUGCCCAGUUUCAGUACAGCGCAGUGGAUUGAAAACUUCUGGAUGUCCGAGGAGACAUUCGAUUACCUUUGCGACAAACUACGUCCAGCUAUGAAGUUGCAAGACACGACCUUUCAAAGAUGCAUGCCUUUAAAAAAGAGAGUGGCUGUUGCGCUUUGGAAGCUUGCUACUGGCUCUGAAUACAGGUCGGUUGGGCAUCUUUUUGGAGUCAGCAUCCCGUCUGUGUGUCGAUGUGUGCAAGACUUCUGUGCUGCAGCACAGGCGCUGUUGGUGCCCGAACUAAUCCGGUUUCCAAACCAGGAGAAGUUUGCUGAGAUGUCAGCAUAUUAUGAGAGCAGAUGGGGUCUCCCACAUUGUGUUGGUGCGAUUGAUGGGUCUCAUAUACCCAUCAUUGCUCCACAAGACUAUCACUGUGACUAUUUUAACCACAAAGGCUGGCACUCUAUUAUCUUGCAAGGUGUUGUCGAUGGUAAGGGCCUCUUCUGGAAUGUUUUUGCUGGAAUGCCAGGGAGCUUGCAUGAUGCCAGGGUUCUGAGAUUGUCAACCAUGUGGGAGCUUGCCACCCGAGGAAACCACUUUCCUGCUCACACCAGGAACAUUGGCGGGGUCAAUGUCGGGUACUACAUCUUAGGAGACUCAGCAUACCCUUUGCAGAAUUGGCUCCUGAAGCCAUUUCAAGACACAGGGCGACUCACUCCAGAACAGCAGACAUUCAACCGGAAAUUCAGCCGAGGUCGAGUUGUUGUUGAAAAUGCCUUUGGAAGACUGAAGGGGAGGUGGCGUUGUCUGCUGAAAAGGAAUGACUGUGAUCUCUCACUGGUGAGGUCCAUGGUGGUGACUUGCUGUGCUCUUCACAACCUAUGUGAAAGUCAUGGUGAAAGAUACGAUACAGAGUGGGACCCUGCAGCAGUAGCAUUGCCACUGCCAGGUGUUGCAGGGCCACAAGAGGUUGAAGAGGAGGGCAGAGAUGUUCGGGAGGGGUUGAUGCAUUACUUGUUGUCAAACAGUUAAAUGUGAAUGUGAAGUAACACUUCCUGUAUGUAUAUAGUAAAAUUUUUGUUAUUGCUGAUGAUACCGGUGUUGCAGUUUUCCUGCCCUCUCCUCAGUGAUGUUGUCCACCCACUACUUGCGCAUGGGCACAGCCCUUUUUUUUUUUUUAAUGUGCCUUCAAUCUUUGAAUAAAACACCAAUGCAAUAGA